GGAAAAAAUGUCAUCUGUGACCGAACGGCGACUCCCCUGGAUGCCUUCAGGAUGAUGUCGGCAGCUCAUUAUUACCCAAAGCUCAUGAGCAUCAUGGGGAACGUUUUGCGCUUCCUGCCUGCGUUUGUGAAGAUGAAGCAGCUGAUCCAGGAGGGUUACGUAGGGGAGCUGCUGGUGUGCGAGGUGCAGGUUCACAGCGGAAGCCUGCUAGGCAAGAAGUACAACUGGAGCUGUGAUGACCUGAUGGGAGGUGGGGGUUUGCACUCGGUUGGCACCUACAUCAUUGACCUCCUGACCUUCCUCACCAGCCAGAAGGCUGUGAAAGUGCACGGGUUGCUCAAGACCUUCGUGAAGCAGACAGACCACAUCAAGGGGAUACGGCAGAUCACCAGCGAUGACUUCUGUACGUUUCAGAUGGUCCUGGAAGGCGGUGUGUGCUGCACGGUGACGCUCAACUUCAAUGUCCCGGGGGAGUUCAAACAAGACAUUAUCGUGGUGGGUUCGGUGGGACGACUGAUUGUAAUAGGCACUGAUCUCUACGGACAGAGCAACAGCUCUCCUCAGCGGGAGCUCCUGCUAAAGGAUUCCACGCCAGUCAGCAACUCCUUACUUCCUGAGAAGGCCUUCAGUGACAUCCCAUCCCCCUAUCUCCGGGGUACCAUUAAGAUGGUUCAAGCUGUCCGGCAGGCAUUUGAGGACCAGGACGACAGGAGGACCUGGGAUGGGAGGCCCCUCACGAUGGCUGCCACUUUUGAUGACUGUCUGUAUGCCCUGUGUGUGGUGGACACCAUUAAAAAGUCAAACCAGUUGGGGGAAUGGCAGAACAUUUCAAUCAUGACUGAGGAGCCAGAACUGAGCCCGGCGUAUUUAAUCAGUGAAGCCAUGCGGAAGAGCAGGAUGUCUCUGUACUGCUAGCUCCUCUCAGCUCCUAGGAAAGAAUAGUAACCAGACAGCUCUUGAAAUGGUCAUUCGGCCCCUGUGAAGGGCCUGGGCAUCUUAGGAACAGCUGAGGAUGCAGGAGAAGGAAAUAGGGUGUUUGGAUCAACUAAAUCUGUUGGUGGCUAAAUGCCCAAGUGAGAAGGUCCUUAGAAAUGCCCAAAACACAGAGGAGACUUAAGAGCUGACAUAACUGUUUGAAUAACAGUAUUAUCUGGCUGAUUGGAAAGGUAUAUCAUGGACUCAUCUCCUGCUUGCAGGUGCUUUAGAUUAUCCAAUUGUGUUUACUGUGAAAGGUUGGGAAGAUCCUUUUAGAUUUUCCUUACCUACCAGAGGGCUGUGAAGGUACUGUCAUGUCAUUAAAUCUUCUGUAAUGUCUGACAUGAAUGGUUCCUAACCAUGACAGCUGACACCACCAUGCUGUGUAGUACUACACCUCUAACCAACACACAGAUUGAUAGGACUUGGUGUGAAAGUGUCGCGUGAGGUGGAAAAUCUUGGCAGCUCACUUUUCAUAUAACUUGUUGGGAGGUUCUCUGUGUUGGUUUAGAUAGUUG